ACGUGACAUGGAAUAACAAACGCGGGCUACUUGGUUACCAACUUGGUUACUUGGACUUUCUCCUCCUGGGCACGCGCCGCGGUGUUUGUCAUUAUAAGUAUCCGGUCAUGGAUGUUUGCUCACAGACUCCUGCUCAUGUUGGUUUGAACGACAGACACAACGUAGGUGGAAGGCUGGACGAGUUGCGAAUCAGAAACCUGGCGAGGAAGUUCUCAAAGAUAUGGGUGCACAAUACAUUUGGACGCAUCCUCCCCCAUUCAGCCAAGUCCCACUAUAGUCGUGUAAUUCUCCGAAGAGCCUUUGAGGAAUGGAAAGAACAGUGGUGGACGUCCCGGAGAGAGUGGUCUCUGACCAUCCGCGCUAACAUUCAUUAUAGGUACUACCUGUGUCAAGUAGUUUUUCUCCGCUGGAAGAUGUUCAUGUCUUCACAACAAGAAAAGAGAAAGAAAAUGUUAAUGGCAGAAGCAUAUGCUGACAAACGCAGCAUGUGUUGGGUUUGGAAGAAGUGGAACGUUUUUGCAAAGAAGAGGCGAAUGAAGAAUAAAAUGUUGACAUCUGCACUGGAGCUCAGUAGACUUACCACUAUGAGGGCCGCAUGGAGUUUGUGGAAGCUGAAGCUGCAGCAUCACCACAUGAGUGCUCUUGUGGAUCAUGGGCUGGAGCACAGAGAGACAAAGCUUCUCAGAAUGGCAAUGCCACUUGAUCAGCAUCAACAUACGCCAUGCGCGUCACUCACUUUGGAGCAGGACAUACAACUGCAGGAUGAAAGUGUCAAGAGCCAGAAGACAUCUGACUGUGUGUAUAUGCAUGGCCAUGGGAAUUACAGCAAUUCAGAGACCUGUGAAAGGGUCACUGAGUCGCAGGCCUCGCGUCACCAUGAGCUCGAUUGCAUGAAACGGGCUUUAGAUUCAUGGAAAAAGUUUGUUCAGACACACAAGCUGAAGAAAAGCAGGUUGGCGAAAAUGCAGCUUUAUUACCAGACCAAACUCCAGAGACAGAGCUACGUAGCCUGGCAGAACCGCCAUUCCCACACGUCUGAGAUUCACCUUCAAGCAGAGAAACUCGACACUCCGAAAACACACUCCUUGCCACGAGGCAUUCUGUUUGAGUGGAGGACAAAUACUGUGAUGCUGUCAGAAGCUCCACCGCUGCAGCAACAAGCACAGAAUUGCUUUCAGAGUCGUCUUCAGACGAAGAUGUUUGUAGCCUGGAGAGAGGAAACAGCAAAAGCUGUUUUAAGGCGGCGGCGGCAGUCAGAAUCACUCAGCAGGGUCCAGGGCUCUUUAAGUCAAGUGCUGCUCCAGCAUUCCUUCACAAAAUGGAGAAGUGAGGCCUUCAGGGCAGUACAGACAAGGACGUUCAUGGAAAAUGCCGAACAGCAGUAUCAGAUCAAGCUUCUCUCCAAGUCGCUGAUUGGAUGGAAAGAAUAUUGUUGUCAAAGGCAGAAAUACAGGGCGAUGAAGCGCCAGGGAAUGUUGUUGCUGAGACUGAAGAUGUGCCAGGUCUACUUUGAUCGGUGGAAAAUGGAGCUGCAGAACAGACGGCGAGAGUCUGCGCAGACAGAGCAAGCGCUCUGGCACUGGUCUCUCAGCCUCCAGGCCAAGGUGCUGUUUGAAUGGAGGCGGUGGACCAAAGAUGAACAAAGGCAGCGAGAGCAAGUCUCAAGAGCUGCGCUGGUUUACAGAGACCAGCUGCUGCCGGAGGGCGUGACCCGCAUCCUGACAUGUGCUGCUCACAUGAGUGACCUCACAGUGAACUUGAUACAGCAAAACAAGCAGCAGCACCAUUCACAAGGAGACAAACACAUUCAGAGCGUGGUUCAACGCUACGCCAUGAAGUGGAAGGAGCGUGCGCUUGGAAAGCUUCAUAUGGAGCCUGCAAGCAGAAAAAAGAAUGUGACUUUUAGUCUCCAAGAUGUAGAAGUGCAGUCUGAGCCAAGCAAUGGGAAAGAGGAGUCGCUGUGCGAUAUGGUUUCCUCUAGUAUUCUGAGACGCCAACCACGACGUUGCCCUGAGCUUUUUGACUGCCCUCAGAAAAGACUCCAAGUGGACAUCCACCACCCUCUUCAUUCCUUAGGGGGCAGUUUUGUGCAGAUGCCUCAUCCUGAGGUGUCAUUGUCCUCAGAUGCCUCCAAGGAGAACGGUUCCUCCUCAAAGCAGAGAGACGUUCCAACUGCACUGUCACCAACUGAGCCUUACACAUUAGACCAUCAGGUCCCUCAGAACAAUGAUCUUCUUCUACCACCAUCUGCCUUCAUGACCUCACAAAUGACACUGGAGAGGGCCAGUACUUCGCGCUGUGAAGAUUCAUCUGAUGAGCAUCAAGCGACACCCUGUGCAGAGACUGAUGUAAUGUCCACACUGAGUGAAGAACUGACGCUCAUCCUGCAGGAGAUGAAGAGCUAUCAUCAGUCAAAGCAGCAGCUGCGUGCUUGGCAGCAACUGACCGAUAUACUGCAAAGUUGGCUGCAGACCAGUGGGAAAGAGGAGGAAGUGGAGAGGAAGAGUGUAUGUCAAGAGUUGAAUCAGCUGGGAGAGUGCAUCAAGAAACUGUCUGCGGAUCUGGCUGGACGCAAGCCGCAAAUGAUUCUCCACGCAGACAGGAUUGGACAUCUACGGAGCCUUCUGCGCAAUAAAGGAUUCCUGUUUUCUCACAGAUCAGUGAAGAAGGCGGAGGAGGAAAAACUGAAAACUCAACUCUAAACACCGCCAGCUUCAUUACCUCAGUUAUUGGAUUGAUGUUUUUAUGAUUGUUUUUCAAAUAAAACAUUCAUGAUUGUGAAACAAUUCCAGCUCCAAUGCUGCUGCUAAUUCUGGAC